AUGACGUCUGCGGCUCAAGACAUGACCAACAACUUAAAGUCGGCGGCGUUAUCGGUAACUAUUUUCGUCGGCAUUGAGGUCGCUGUCGGCUUCGUCGGGAACCUCUUCGUGCUCUACGUGUUCCUCUUCCGGUACCAUACCUGCAACUUCCGCUACUUCGUACUAUGUCUGUCUUUCCUUGAUUUCAUCAGCACACUGACCACAAUGCCAGGCGAAAUAUUUUCGCAACAAAACUGGUACACGUACCCAUUUCCGGAUAUCUGCAAGGCAAAAUCAUUUUUUAACGUCUACACCGUUACUGGCGAAGCAGUUUGCCUUUGCAUCAUUGCUAUAGACCGCUACCGCAAGGUAUGCCAGCCAUUCGGUUGGCAGAUUCGUCCGCGACUAGCUUUACUCUUAUGUGGAUUUAUUCACAUCGCAGCUGUCGCGAUGGCGGUUCCGGUCUCUAUCCUAUGGGGAGUGAAUUCACAUCCGGAGAAGUACAACAAAACAACGUCAGUCAAUGUCACCGUAUGCGAGAAGGAUCAGGAAUUUUUACAAAAAGACAAUCCGUUUGAGUAUGUUACAACGGUUGAGGUUGUUGUCUUCAUUUGCCUGGUGAUUAUGUUUUUCCUGUACAUAUUUGUGGCCAAGACAUUGAUACUAGGUAAAAAUAGAUUCCAACAGCGGACAGGGUCCCAGACGGGGAUCGGCUCAAACGCCCAAGUCUUGUGUACGGAAAAGGAGUUAAGUUCGGACAGAGCUCAGUCCGAAGACGGGUAUUGUUCGACAUCAGAUGAACGGAAGAAAACUGACCCAAACGGAAUACUCGAUAGGGAGCAACCGCAGAACUUGAGUGCCAACAGUUGUGAUUUAUCAAGUGAAGUUGUCAUUGAGGUGGAAGACAUGAAUGUAGUAACAACCAACAGAGGGGACCCGGGGCAAGUCAGUGAAAAGGCCUCAACGCAAAUUGCAGCUGCGAUUGUCCACCAGAGAGAAGACAAAGUCAGAAGGGUACGAAGGAAGACGCUGAUAAUGUUAAUCCUGACCAUUGUUUUCAUUAUAACCGCAAUUCUGUACCUGACCUUACUAGCGUUAAUCUCGAGGUCGAACGACAUCUUGCAGAACAUGGACUAUCAAGGAAAGGCGGUGUAUUUCUUCUUCUUCCGGUUGGUGUUUAUCAAUCACGUGAUCAAUCCGAUUGUGUACGGAUGUCUGGAUGAACAGUUUAAGAAAGUCAUGUCGGGCGUGAAACAAUCCGUGGUCACUUUGUUAAAAUGCGGAUAG